ACGACCUUUAACACAUAGCUUUUUUCAUUGAAAAGUCGGAAUUAGAUUUCCUAGUUUGAUAUAAAAUCCCAAAAAACAAUACAAAAAUGUUUCAUUAUUUAACUAAAACAAAAAAAAUCCAAUUAUAAAACAUCACAGUUAUUGGAAUAACAUUGCAGGAGCUCCAAGCAAACACGUCUAGUUGCUUCGUUUUCGUAUAGCACAGGGCAAAGCAAGUACGACAACUUCGGAGUUAGUAGCGCGUUGGCGUACCCUCGUGCCAUUCGUUUAUCGUGGGGUUUUUCCAUUGACAUUUUCCUUUUCCAUUGCAAGAAUGUUCUAGCUUCGCGUAGUCACAUUAACAUCGGCACAUGACACGAACGGCUACCAUUCGGCAAACGGACGGAGAACGAGCAUCCUCCGUUCAACGAAUAGUUUACAGUGUUACAGUGCUUUCGUUGCCCGUUGUGAUUGGAGGCUGUUAAAAUAGUUUAGAUGUUUAGUUAAAACUUUGCGUAGUAUCUCAUUGCUUUACGCGUAGCAACGACCCACAAAGAAAGCAAGGUUACCAUUUCCAGAUAUUGUGGGCUUUAAAAAGUAAUCCAUCCGACCUGUCUGCCCUACUGUGGGCUACAGUUUCUACAGUGCUGUGUGGGAAGUGUUUGUGCGCAACGAAAAGAUACUAUUACACUGCGACAGAACAUACUGCAAUUUAAAUACAAAUCCUUGGGACAACUUCUGCUUGCCAGAGAUUCCCAUAUUAAUCAUGGCUCCUACAAACUGGUUGUGGUUUGGAAACAUAUUUUUUGUGUCCUUCCCGUUGGCGAUUUUGGGAAUCGAUCUAAGUAGACUCUACGGGCAUAUGCCAGCUGUUUCUAAGCGCAAUGAGGCUUGCCAUCCAUACGAGCCGUUCAAGUGCCCGGGCGAUGGAAAUUGUAUUUCCAUACAGUACCUGUGCGACGGUGCGCCCGAUUGCUCCGAUGGGUAUGACGAAGAUAUGCGUCUUUGUACAGCAGCAAAGCGUCCACCAGUUGAGGAAACAGCAUCAUUCUUACAAAGCUUGCUGGCAUCACACGGUCCUAACUAUCUGGAAAAAUUAUUCGGCAGUAAAGCGCGUGACGCACUGGCACCACUUGGUGGUGUGGAAAAAGUGGCCAUUGCUCUCAGUGAAUCGCAAACCAUCGAAGAUUUUGGAGCCGCUCUUCAUUUGAUGCGGUCUGACCUCGAGCAUUUACGAUCAGUUUUCAUGGCAGUGGAGAACGGCGAUUUGGGCAUGUUAAAAUCGAUCGGUAUCAAAGAUUCAGAGCUGGGUGACGUAAAGUUUUUCCUAGAGAAACUCGUCAACACUGGCUUCCUAGACUGAGUAUCGUCUGAGCUGCCGUAUAGAAGUAGCUUCUAUUAUUUACUACCAUUAACACCGCAGAUUUAUUCUUAUUUAGGCUCACCGGAAGGUUUCAGCUAUUAAGAAACCAUAAUUCUAUCAUUCACUGUUACCAGUCAGUGAGGCAUAUGCCGUAUGUUACCAGUGAAUCUUGACGACCAUAAGAAAAAAAAGUUAUUUUACUUUAUUAUAUCAUCAGGAACAUGUUUCGUUAGACUUCCGUGAGAAGAAAAGAAGUAGAGCCUGCCGUAACGAUAUGGAGUUUGGCGAAUGAGACAAAUAUCAAUUAUGGAUGACUGCUCGCUGGAAAGGAAAUAUUAACAUAGAAAAUCAAUUAUUCUUUGCAUGAGCAGCAUUUAAGCCAAUUGAAAAAUCCUGACACAAAUCAUGAUCCAAACCUGCAUGAUCGUCACCCAAGCCUCUACUUCGAUACGAUUUUCGCUUCAAUGAAGCAUAUAUUGUUGUUGAGUACAGCAAGUAAAGCUAACGAACAGAUUGCAUCACGAUGCAGCGAAUCUUCUAAAAGAGGAAAUGAAACUACGGAAGGAAGCAACCAUCUAAGAAGGUUGUUAAUGUCAGUAGCACAAAAAAAAACAAAAAAAAAUUUAAAAAAAAACUCUAGCAUUGGUAACCAACGGAAUCAAUUCACGUCCAUUAGCUUCUUUAAGAAAUACUGUCAUUCAUAAAGUUUAGUUAUUUAGUUUAGUGUUAUUUUUGAUUGCACAUGUGCAUCUCGAGCUACUCGAAUGUGUCGAACGUGUUAUAAAGAGAUAAGAACAGUAGAAAUUCCUAAGAUGAGAUGAAAUCGAUCAGAUCAGAAGUGAAAUUAAGAGUACAGAAACAUAAAUACAUAUCAUUAUAUUUAUAGUGCCCCCAUGCAUGCUUAUACAUUAUACACGUAUACACGAUUUCGAAAUGAUCACACACUAGCGUGUGUUCGUGUGCAAAUUACCUUAUCGUACCAUGCUCUUACAAAAAAAUGCACACACCCACACAUACAAAAAUCAAAACAUAUCAACCGAAUGAUGAUACCGAAGGAGGGAUGUACCUUAUGUAUCGUGUAAUGCAAAGACUAUAGACUGGCGUUAUAACCAGUAGGUUAAGAGAGAUGGCGAUUAGUGUCGUGGUGUCGCCAUGCAUUGCAUUGUAAGCAAAUAGAGAGAAAAAACAGGGACAAAGGAUUACUUCAAAUUUUGCAUUCAGAGACAACGCGGAAGACAAUUCAUGGAUAAACUAAUGUUUAAAGCAAAACCAGAAGACAUAUCAAAUUUUUAGAAACCUUACCCCCCCCCCUCUUCCCUCCCACUCUAUACACUAGCAACUGACUGCUACUGUUAUGGAGAACUGAUUUUUGGAGAAUGUAUUGCCUCUAUAAAUUAUACACCAGCUCAGCAUUGAACACCUCUUCAUCCACGUUCAUUUUCUGCAGUAGUUCACACAAAACCACACUCUCACACCAUAAUGUAAACCACAUUUAUAGUUUACUCACUUGCAAGCGAAAUACAGCUGUAUCGUUGAUGCCACCACCACCACCACCACCAUUCGUCCUAAAUCAACACAAAAUCAAACUGAUAUGGUGUAUGUAAAAUGUAACAAUCAUUGAUUAUAUCCAGGGGAUGGAAACAAGUACUUGACGCAGUGGAGUAGUUUGCUGUUGAGAUAAAAGCAUAUACAACCUAUACCAGCAAACACGAAGAACAAACCACAACACGCAACAUGCGAAACAUGCUAUGCUCAGCAUACAAAAGAAAAUAUAUCUAAACCGGUAUCUUGUGUCAA